AUGUUUCGACACAGCAGAAGGUUAGUCAUCUCGGGAGACAUCCUGGCCCCACUGUGUAUAGCAGCAAAACUUCCACCGACUAUUAACAGAGCCAAGAAGCGGGAUCAGCAGAUUGUUCAGAUGAGAUAUUGGAUUAUAAGGAAAGCUCUAACAGAGGAAAAACAAGUGUCCACAAAGACAUCUGCAGCAGAUCUUGUGACAGAAACUGAUCAUUUUGUAGAAAACUUAAUUAUUUCUGUUCUGAAAGAGAAGUUUCCCUCCCACAGGUUUAUCGCAGAAGAAUCCACUGCUGCUGGUUCAAAAUGUGUCCUCACGGACAGUCCAACCUGGAUUAUUGACCCUGUUGAUGGAACGUGCAAUUUUGUGCACAGAUUUCCAACAGUGGCAGUGAGCAUUGGAUUUGCUGUUAACAAAGAGCUUGAAUUUGGUGUAAUUUACCACUGCACUGAAGAACGAUUAUACACUGGUAGAAGAGGUCAAGGGGCAUUUUGUAAUGACAAAAGGCUUCAGGUAUCAAAAGAGACAGAUAUCUCGAAGGCCUUAAUUUUAACAGAAAUUGGUCCAAAACGUGACCCUGCAACUUUGAAAUUGUUCCUUGGUAACAUUGAGAGAUUGCUCAAGGCCCAAGCACAUGGGGUCCGUGUCAUCGGGAGCUCGACCCUGGCCCUGUGCCAUUUGGCAUCCGGCGCUGCAGAUGCCUAUUACCAGUUUGGGUUACACUGCUGGGACUUGGCAGCAGCAACUGUCAUUAUUAGAGAGGCGGGUGGCACUGUGAUAGACACUUCAGGGGGACCUCUGGAUCUUAUGUCCUGCCGAGUGAUUGCUGCGGGCACCAGAGAGAUGGCUAUGUUCAUAGCUCAGGAAAUACAAACUAUUCACUACAGACGGGAUGAUGAAAAUUAAAUACUUACAGUAUGGAGUCUGCCCUCCUGAACUAUGUAACUUUUGCAAAAUAGGUGGCUUAAAGGGUAUGUGAUUUCAGCAGGAUGCUUUCUGUGGAGAUUUUCUGUGUCAAAUACUUUUUAUAAAUAUAUUACAAUGUGGGAAGGCAUAAGGAGAUUUUUAAACCUCUAAGAAUUGUGUUUCCUUUUUAAUAUGUAUCUCUUUCAGCAGUAUCUUUUUAUAAGAUAGCGUAUUUUACUUGUAGUAAAUUAGUCUCAAAAUUAAGUUGUAAUUUCCUAUCUGUGGAGCUGAUAUUUAGUCUUUUGUAACAUUCAGCUAAAAAUGGAACUUUAUUUUUACAGAUGCAGAUCUCAGGUAAAUGAGCUUUAGGACUGUAGUAAGGACAAGUAGUUAAGAUGUGUGCCUAUAAUACCCUCGUUCUAUGAUACUUAAGAAUACAAUAAAAACAACAUUAUUGUUUCCUAACUACAUCAUAGCUAUAUAUCCAUAUAUAUGUAUGUCUGUAUGUAUGUGUGUACAUAUAUGCACCUAUACAUGUAUAUGGAUGUAUACACACACAUACCCAUGUGUGUAUAUACGUAUGGGUACCCUGGAUGUUUACAGCAAUUUAGAGAAUGCAUAGAAGAAAGCUAAUAUUGGAAGUUAUUUUCAGGUAAAGAGUAGAGGUUACUUAUGUGAUUUUCGUGGGGGCUAUCCAAUGACAAAUAACAGCUGAUCAUGGAAAAUGUUUAAUGAUUCUACAAACUGUUCAGCUAGUUCUUUUUGUCCCUUCAUCCCUCUGCAUGUGGAUAAAUCAUACUGUCCUAUGGGCCUCUGUAAGAUAUUCAAACCUGCAAACACUUACUACCAUAGAGUAAUUAUAGUCAAAACCAGGAAUAUUGAACUCCACUGAGUUAUUCACAGUAUUAACUAUGACACACAGUAGAAGGCCAGCGGAAUAGAGCACAGUGUCAAGGAGCUGUUGAUUUUAGAGAAACUUUGAGCAGAACAGCAGAAUUGGGCCCCUUCCAGGCAAGUUAUUAAAAAUAUGCACAUAAGAUUUGCUUGCAAAAAGUUGUAAAUCACAUGCCCUUCUCACACAAAGUUGUAAUUGCACUUUUUGAUCAGAGAAACCUGUAAAAUCAGUUACAUAAAUUUCCUAAAUACACAGUUGUUCUCUAUCCGUGUAUCUAACAUUGGGUUUAGUUCCACCAAGAUGAUAAUUUCUGUGUAGAUUAUUUUUUUAAAUCAUGAGCACAGGGAAAAUACAAGUGUAUCCAGAAAAGUAGUUGAAAUUAAAUCACUUCUAUUUUU